GGAAUAACAGGGCAGGGUGAUGCUCUCUCUGUGCAGGUAAGAGCAGAGGUGGGAGGAGCUGAGGCUGAAGAAGAAUUUCUAUUGGGUGCAGAUCUCAGAGAUCUGAUUUCAGAGAUUGUGUCUGAGAGUGUGUGGGCGUGUCUAGAAGUGUGUGAGAGUGUGUGUGAAGGUGAGGAGGGCAGUGUGAGGCUGGGAGUGAGGAGUGAAGAUCACUGUCUGGUUUUAAGAGAUAAAAAUAAAUUAAUAAUAAUAAUAAUAAUAAUAAUUACAGUACUAAUUACAGGAGUAUUUAGAGUAGUAAUUAGAGUAAUUGAGCAGUAUGAAUGCGGCGGUGGAGGCCAUGGCCUUCUUCCUGGGUUUCUUCGGCUGGGUGAUGGCCGGAGUGGCGAUACCGAACCGGUUCUGGAGGGUGGCGGAGAUGGAGGGAAACGUGAUCACGGCCGCCACCGUUUACGAGAACCUGUGGAUGUCCUGCCUGGUGGAUUCCACCGCCGUCCACAACUGCCAGGACUUCCCCUCCAUGCUCGGACUGUCCGGUCACGUUCAGGCAUCUCGUGCCCUCAUGAUUGCAUCGAUAGUGCUGGGAACCUUUGGGCUGGUCGCCACGUUGGUGGGCAUGCAGUGCUCCAAAAUUGGGGGGGAUAACUACAUCCUGAAGGGAAGAACUGCAGCUCUCGGUGGAAUCUUCUUCAUCCUGCAGGGUCUGUGCACCAUGAUUGCUGUGUCCUGGUACGCCUUCAACAUCACCCAGGAGUUCUUCGACCCCCUCUACCCCGGGACCAAGUUCGAGCUGGGGCAGGGGCUGUAUAUCGGCUGGUGUUCGGCGACGCUGGCGCUGCUCGGGGGGACCUGCCUGCUGUGCUCCUGCAGCGUAACCACCAAAGAGAAGAAACUAUCGUACGCAUACCGAGGUCCGACCAGAGGAACAGCAUACACCACCUCCGUCACUACCACAACCCCCCACCCAUACGACCGAAACGCUUACGUAUAACCACUACUGUCACCAUGACAACCACUGCCAUGAACUCAAGUGCGUUGUCAUGGAGAUGACUGGGACCACACUGACCCCAGAAUGAACAUCUGGACGGUAUGGCUAACCAACGGAACACCGCAGUACCGGAACACACCUGUCCACUGUACACCACGGGUACCACCCGACAUACCACGUGUACAUAAACCCCCCGACUCUUAAACCACCCUACCUGUUUACCACGACUCAUGUCACAUGUACCAUCCGUCCAAUCAGCUGCCUGUAAGUAAGCAGUGGAAAGUCUUGUGCAAAAGUUUGGAAACCCCUGUUUCGACUUUAUGUACAGAUACACGCUAACACAGGCACUGUUGUUUACUCAAUUUAACACAAUAUAUUUAACAUUCUGCUGCCAUUAUCUAUUAUCCACACUGUUUGUCUGUUCUGAACAAAUGUGAGACAUGUAAUUAGUAAUUCAUGUGAAUAAUUACAUGUAAUUAAUGUAAAUCUUUGGUUAAUAUCAGUCUGAAACUUGUAAUUAAAGAGUAAUAAAUAAUAAACUGAUUAUAAAUAAACUGAUCUGUAAAUAAAA